AUGCCCAAAUCCUCACCUUGCGUAUUCCCAUGGUCCUCCCUGUGGCUGGCAUCUUUGGCUUCUUUGGUGGUGCAGUCGGUGCUUUCUUCCUCCUACUCCUCUCCUUCCUCCUCGACAUAUCAGAGACCUGCGACCGGUGGGAAGCGACCGGGCUUCAUGGAGAGGACGCUGAUUCUCCUGGAUGUCAACACGCGCAGUCCGAUCAGAGUCCUCAACGACAACUUCCUUUCUUUGCAGCUGGACCCCUCGAUCAUCAAAGACGGCUGGCUGGACUUUCUGAGCUCCCGGCGGCUCGUGACCCUGGCGCGCGGCCUGUCGCCUGCCUUUCUGCGUUUUGGCGGAAAGCGGACCGACUUCUUGCAGUUCAAUAACCAGAAGAACCUCGCCAAGUUCAGAGGACCGGGACCGGACUACUAUCUGAAGAACUACGAAGACGAUAUAGUGCGCAGUGACAUUGCCCUGGACAAACAGAAGGGCUGCAAACUGGCCAGCCAUCCUGACAUAAUGCUGGAGCUGCAGCGCGAGAAGGCCUCCAGCACACAGCUCGUCCUGCUGAAAGAGCAACUGUCCAACAUCUACAGCAACAUUACAAUAACAGCCAGGUCUUUAGACAAACUGUACAACUUUGCCGACUGUGCUGGUCUACACCUGAUCCUGGGGCUCAACGCACUGCACAGAAACCCAGACAACUCCUGGAACACAUCCUCCACCCUGAGCCUCCUGAAGUACGGCGCUGGCAAGAAGUACAACAUUUCCUGGGAGCUGGGCAACGAGCCUAAUGCCUACCGCAGCUUGGUGGGUCGUGCGGUCAACAGCACCCAGUUAGCUCAGGACUACACCAAGCUACGGACCCUGCUGCAGUCUGUGCGCUACUACCACCGAGCUCACCUCUACGGCCCCAAUGCAGGGCGACCCCGGAAGAACGCCAUCCUGCUGCUGGAUGGGUUCAUGAAGAAUGCUGGCUCUGUUGUAGAUGCAGUUACGUGGCAACAUUACUACAUGGAUGGCAGAGUGAACAAAGUGGAGGACUUCCUAAAAACCCGUCUGUUGGACACACUGACAGAACAGAUCACUAAAGUCACCAAGGUUGUGAACACGCAUACUCCCGGUAAGAAGGUGUGGCUGGGUGGAUUGGGGCCAGCAUGGGCAGGAGGCAUCAGUAAUCUCUCUGACACGUACGCUGCUGGCUUUCUGUGGGUGAACACGCUGGGUAUGGCUGCUAUGCAGGGGAUUGAUGUUGUCUUGCGUCACUCAUUCUUUGACUAUGGAUACACGCACCUUGUGGACCAGCACUUUAACCCUUUACCUGAUUACUGGUUCUCUCUGGUCUUCAAGCGUCUGGUUGGUCCAAGGGUUUUAGCUGUGCGGGUGGCUGGACUGCAGAGGAAGCCGCAGCCAGGACGAGUCAUACGAGAUAAGCUACGCAUCUAUGCCCACUGUACCAGCUACUACAAUCAUAACUAUGUGAGAGGGUCCAUAACAAUCUACAUCAUCAACCUGCAUCGGUCGCGAAAGAAAAUCAAGUUGGCGGGGACGUUACGGAACAAUACUGUCCAUCAAUACCUGCUGCAACCCUACGGCGCUGACGGACUCAGAGCCAAGUAUGUCCAGCUGAACGGGGAGAAGCUGCUCAUGGUGGACAAUGACACAUUCCCGGAGUUGAAGCCUAAGACAUUGAGGGCUGGACGGACGAUAGCUAUGCCUCCCAUGACCAUAGGCUUUUAUGUCAUCAAGAACAUUAAUGCAUAUGCCUGCCGAAGAUAA